CAACCCCAGUCGCGCCCCCAGAAGAAUGAAUGAGUCACUUCACUUAUCGUCAACGUCAAUUUAAAAUGGCGACAUCCACGACAACGAAUGAUUUGAAGGCGCCUUUGCGCCAAGUUAAAAGAGUACAAUUUGGGAUAUUGUCACCAGAUGAAAUCCGUCGAAUGUCAGUCACUGAAGGGGGCAUCCGCUUCCCUGAAACUAUGGAAGGCGGCAGACCCAAAUUUGGCGGACUUAUGGAUCCUCGACAAGGGGUGAUUGACAGAAGUUCCAGAUGCCAGACUUGUGCUGGAAAUAUGACUGAAUGUCCAGGACACUUUGGACAUAUUGAUUUGGCCAAACCAGUUUUUCAUAUAGGUUUUAUCACAAAAACAAUAAAAAUAUUGCGAUGUGUUUGUUUUUAUUGUUCAAAGUUACUUGUCAGUCCGACUAAUCCAAAGAUAAAAGAAGUUGUGAUGAAAUCUAAAGGACAGCCACGAAAGAGGCUUACCUAUAUUUAUGAUUUAUGUAAAGGAAAAAAUAUUUGUGAGGGUGGUGAAGAAAUGGAUAUAGGCAAAGAGGGUGAGGAAGGGAAACGAGGCUCAGGCCAUGGUGGUUGUGGUCACUACCAACCAUCAAUCCGACGCCAAGGUCUGGACCUAACUGCGGAAUGGAAGCAUGCAAAUGAAGACACACAAGAAAAUAAAACUAUUAUUUCUGCAGAAAGAGUUCGGGAAAUUUUCAAACAUAUCACAGAUGAAGAAUCUUUUAUACUUGGAAUGGACCCGAAUUUCGCCAGGCCGGACUGGAUGAUAGUUACUGUUCUACCAGUUCCUCCUUUGUCCGUCAGACCAGCUGUAGUCAUGUUCGGGGCAGCUAAGAAUCAGGAUGACUUGACUCACAAAUUGGCUGAUAUAAUUAAAGCAAACAAUGAGUUACAGAGAAAUGAACAGACAGGGGCACCAGCUCAUGUGCUUGGAGUAAAUAUUAGGAUGUUACAAUUUCAUGUUGCCACAUUUGUCGAUAAUGAUAUGCCGGGCAUGCCCAAAGCUAUGCAGAAAUCUGGAAAGCCAUUGAAAGCAAUCAAGGCACGUCUCAAAGGAAAGGAAGGAAGAAUUAGAGGAAACCUCAUGGGAAAACGUGUAGAUUUCUCAGCUCGUACUGUUAUUACACCUGAUCCAAAUUUACGUAUUGAUCAAGUAGGAGUCCCUAGAUCAAUUGCACAGAAUUUAACUUUUCCUGAGCUGGUCACACCAUUCAAUAUUGACCGCAUGCAAGAACUUGUAAGGCGUGGAAAUGCUCAGUAUCCUGGUGCAAAGUAUAUUGUCAGAAGUACUGGAGAAAGGAUUGACUUGAGAUUCCAUCCUAAACCCUCUGAUUUGCAUUUACAAUAUGGUUAUAAAGUGGAGCGUCAUCUGAGGGAUGAUGAUUUGGUAAUUUUCAAUCGGCAGCCCACACUACAUAAAAUGAGUAUGAUGGGUCACAGAGUAAAAGUACUACCAUGGUCCACAUUCCGAAUGAAUCUGAGUUGUACCUCACCAUACAAUGCCGAUUUUGAUGGAGAUGAAAUGAAUUUACAUGUGCCACAAUCAAUGGAAACAAGAGCAGAAGUAGAAAACAUUCAUAUCACCCCGAGGCAAAUUAUCACACCACAGGCAAACAAACCUGUUAUGGGUAUUGUACAGGACACACUGACAGCUGUGCGUAAAAUGACCAAAAGAGAUGCUUUCCUUACUAAAGAACAAGUUAUGAAUCUUUUGAUGUUCCUUCCUACAUGGGAUGGUAAAAUUCCACAGCCAUGCAUUUUGAAACCCCAGCCAUUGUGGACUGGUAAACAAAUAUUUACUUUAAUCAUUCCUGGACACGUAAACAUGAUUCGAACCCAUUCCACCCAUCCUGAUGAAGAAGAUGAUGGACCCUAUAAAUGGAUAUCUCCCGGUGAUACUAAAGUAGUUGUAGAACAUGGAGAACUUCUCAUGGGCAUCUUAUGUAAAAAAUCUCUGGGUGCCUCAGCAGGUUCUCUACUGCACAUUUGCAUGUUGGAAUUAGGACAUGAGGUUGCUGGCCGAUUCUAUGGUAACAUUCAAACUGUGAUUAACAACUGGCUGUUGCUAGAAGGUCACUCUAUUGGUAUUGGGGACACUAUUGCUGAUCCACAGACAUAUCAAGAAAUUCAGCGUGCUAUUGUUAAAGCUAAAGAUGAUGUCAUAGAAGUUAUUCAAAAAGCUCACAAUAUGGAAUUGGAGCCCACUCCUGGUAAUACACUCAGACAAACUUUUGAGAACCAAGUCAAUCGUAUUUUGAACGACGCUCGUGACAAAACUGGUGUCUCUGCUAUAAAGUCACUGACAGAAUACAAUAACCUCAAAGCUAUGGUGGUAGCUGGUUCCAAAGGAUCCAAUAUUAAUAUUUCUCAGGUUAUUGCUUGUGUAGGUCAACAAAACGUAGAAGGAAAGCGAAUUCCAUUUGGAUUCCGCAAGAGAACAUUACCCCAUUUCAUCAAAGACGACUAUGGUCCAGAAUCUAGAGGUUUUGUAGAAAAUUCAUAUCUUGCCGGAUUGACACCUUCAGAAUUUUAUUUCCACGCCAUGGGUGGUCGUGAGGGUCUCAUUGAUACUGCUGUAAAAACUGCCGAAACUGGAUACAUUCAGCGUCGUUUGAUAAAGGCUAUGGAGUCUGUUAUGGUUCACUAUGAUGGUACAGUGAGAAAUUCGGUUGGGCAACUUAUUCAGUUGCGUUAUGGAGAAGACGGUUUAGCUGGGGAAACUGUAGAGUUUCAAAAUCUACCUACUAUCAAACUGUCUAACAAGGCCUUUGAAAAGAAAUUUAAAUUUGAUCCUUCAGAUGAAAGUUAUUUGAAGAGAAUAUUUAAUGAAGAUAUAAUCAAAGAACUAACAGAAUCUGGCUAUGUAAUUGCAGACCUAGAAAGUGAAUGGGAGCAAUUAUGUAAAGACCGAGCGAUUUUACGUCAAAUUUUCCCCAGUGGUGAAUCUAAAGUUGUAUUGCCGUGCAACUUCAAGAGAAUGAUUUGGAAUGUACAGAAGAUUUUCCACAUCAAUAAGAGAAUGCCCACAGAUCUAAGUCCUAUAAAGGUUAUACAAGGAGUCAAAGAUCUUCUGAAAAAGUGCGUCAUUGUAGCUGGUGAAGAUCGUCUUUCGAAACAAGCUAAUGAAAAUGCUACCCUGCUGUUCCAGUGCUUAGUCAGGUCAACACUUUGCACUAAAUUUGUCUCUGAAGAGUAUAGACUUUCGAGCGAAGCUUUUGAAUGGUUGAUAGGAGAAAUCGAGACAAGAUUCCAACAGGCGCAAGUUAAUCCUGGCGAAAUGGUUGGUGCACUUGCUGCUCAGUCUCUUGGAGAACCUGCCACUCAGAUGACACUGAACACUUUCCAUUUUGCUGGUGUGUCAUCCAAAAACGUAACCCUAGGUGUACCCCGACUUAAGGAAAUUAUUAACAUCUCCAAGAAACCAAAAGCUCCAUCUCUUACCGUUUUCCUAACGGGCGGGGCAGCUAGAGAUGCUGAAAAAGCUAAGAAUGUACUUUGCCGCCUUGAACACACUACUUUGCGUAAAGUAACUGCUAAUACAGCUAUUUACUAUGACCCUGAACCACAAAAGACUGUUAUUGCUGAAGACCAAGAAUUCGUUAAUGUUUACUAUGAAAUGCCUGAUUUCGAUCCUACUAAGAUUUCGCCCUGGUUGUUGCGUAUUGAAUUAGAUCGUAAGAGGAUGACAGAUAAAAAAUUAUCUAUGGAGCAUAUUGCCGAAAAAAUUAAUGCUGGUUUCGGUGAUGAUUUGAAUUGCAUUUUCAAUGAUGACAAUGCUGAGAAACUUGUGUUGCGAAUAAGAAUUAUUAACAACGGAGAAAAUAAAUUUCAAGAUAAUGAUGAAGAGACUGUUGACAAGAUGGAGGAUGACAUGUUCCUUAGAUGCAUUGAGGCAAAUAUGUUGUCUGACAUGACACUACAAGGUAUAGAAGCUAUAGCAAAGGUAUACAUGCAUUUGCCUCAGACAGAAGCCAAGAAACGAAUUAUUAUUACUGAGCAAGGAGAGUUUAAAGCAAUUGCUGAAUGGUUGUUGGAAACUGAUGGAACUUCACUAAUGAAAGUUUUGUCUGAGCGUGAUGUCGACCCCAUCAGGACGUUUAGUAACGAUAUUUGUGAGAUAUUCCAAGUACUAGGUAUAGAAGCUGUGCGGAAAUCGGUAGAGAAGGAAAUGAAUGCGGUGUUGCAGUUCUAUGAUCUAUACGUGAACUACCGUCAUCUCGCUCUGCUGUGUGACGUCAUGACUGCUAAGGGUCAUCUUAUGGCCAUCACACGUCACGGCAUCAACAGGCAGGACACUGGAGCUCUGAUGAGAUGUUCCUUCGAAGAAACUGUGGACGUGCUCUUGGACGCGGCGAGUCAUGCAGAAGUCGAUCCUAUGAGAGGAGUGUCAGAAAAUAUAAUUAUGGGACAGUUGCCUAGAAUGGGAACUGGAUGUUUCGAUCUACUUCUUGAUACCGAGAAAUGUAAACACGGUAUGCAGAUGGGCGGCCUGGGAGUCGGCAUUGGCGCCGGCGGCCGAAUGUUUUACGGAGUCAGCACCCCAUUUAUGACGCCAUGGUCGACACAACACUCCCCUGGAUAUGGAAGCAGUGCCUGGUCUCCUUGUCAAAUGGACAGCAGCAUGACUCCUGGUGGCCCCUCAUUCUCUCCAUCUGGAGCAUCCGACGCAUCAGGAUUGUCUCCAGCAUACAGCAGCGUCUGGUCGCCGCAACCUGGCUCUCCAGGGUCGCCCGGGCCCCCAUUGUCCCCAUACGCGUCGCCCGCCGGAGCUUCGCCCUCCUACUCCCCAACAAGUCCAGUGUACGCCCCUGCGUCACCGAGUCUCACACCUUCGUCUUCGCACUACCCAGCAAGUCCAUCCUACUCCCCGACGUCUCCUAAUUAUUCUCCAACAUCCCCCAUAUAUUCCCCGACUUCGCCGAGCUACUCGCCGACUUCUCCGGGCUACUCUCCGACGUCGCCGUCGUACUCCCCCACGUCGCCGAGCUACUCUCCUACAUCACCGAGCUACUCUCCAACCAGUCCGGCUUAUUCACCUACAUCGCCGAGUUACUCGCCCACUUCGCCCAGCUACUCGCCGACAAGCCCGUCCUACUCACCAACAAGCCCUUCAUAUUCACCAACAAGCCCGGCAUACUCGCCGACUUCUCCCGGUUAUUCUCCAUCAUCCCCUAACUAUUCGCCCACAAGCCCUAUAUACAGUCCUGCGUUGCUCAGUUAUUCACCGUCAUCGCCAAGUUACACGCCGGCAUCGCCCGCAUAUUCGCCAACAAGUCCAUCGUACUCUCCAACUUCGCCGGCCUACUCUCCAACAUCUCCGGGUUACUCGCCUUCUGCGCCGACGUCUCAGUCUCUAGCCGACGGUAUUCCGACUUACUCGCCGACGAACCAACAAUACUCUCUGACGAGUCCACAAUAUUCCCCCACCAGCCCUGCCUACUCGCCAGCGUCGCCGCAGCACCCGCGAAGUUACUCGUCAUCUUCCCCAAAUUAUUCCCCGUCUUCACCAAACUACUCGCCAUCCUCGCCGAGCUAUUCUCCGUCUUCUACAAAAUACUCGCCGACGUCGCUCACUUACACCCCGACUUCUCCCAACUAUUCCCCCUCCUCCCCAGCGUACUCUCCCUCUUCAAGCGGUGCAACGACUACCUACUCCUCGAAUUCACCAACAUACUCCCCGACGUCCCCUAUACAUGACGAAAGUGACGAUUAAAGUGUCAUAGCUUGAUUGAUUGGAACUAGAUAUAUGUAUAUAUAUAUUUAUUUAUUUAUUUAUUAUUCUUUAUAUAUAGCUAUAUAUUAAUUUAUUUUAUAUAUAAAACUAGUGAGUAUACUAUAAUAAGUGAAGAAUACGAUAGAAAAAUCAAAACCGGCGAUGCAUUAUACCCUACAUUAGAUUUCCUAUACAUAUAUAUAUAAGAUGGUAGCUAGGCAUCGUUUGCGAGUUAGUUACAGGUGGUGAAAUAGUCAGAGCGAUCACUUUUCACCACUUCGGACUACCCAGGUUUGGUCUUCGGUAACGGACAUUGUUUUUACGGUUUAUUAUUUUAUUUUUUGGGUCCUGGACCUUUAUUUAUAUAAAUACUAUCGUAGUACAAGUUUUAAACUUACUUCGUGGCUGAUCUGUGUUAUUUGUCCAUACAUAUUUUUUGUUUUCUGACGUCCACCCAACACGUCUUGAAUACAAGGUACUAUAUAGUAUUAAGUGAAUUAAUUGAUUGAUUAAUUGAAUUGCAAAUUACUCGUAUUACCUAUGUGAUUUUAAAUUUUUUUGGAAGUGACUGAACAGUCAACACAAUGACUAUUGUUUUUCCCUAGUGGAUAAUUAUUAUAAUUUAAGUAAUCAUACUUGUUAUUAGGAGUAACAAGGCAUCGUUAUGUUAGUGGAUUUAACAGAGAGUAGAUAUAUAUGAAUCCGGCCAAGUACAAGUCAGACUCGCGCACGUAUGGUUCCGUCCCAUGAUCACGUUUGUUACUUAGGUAAUAUUUAAUUUUUAUAUUCAAAUUUCUACCUGUUUAUUUAAUUUGCUUAAAACUUACGUUUGUUGCAUGGGAGCCCACACAGCCCCCUGUUGCUUUAAUUAUUACAUAAAAUUGUUUUUUUAUUUAUUUUGAAAGGUAUUAUAUUGAUUUUGAGUAUUUUCUUGUUAUUGCGGCAACAACCAAUUUGUAAAAAUUUCAGCUUUUUUGCUAUUAUUGUUAGUUAUCUGGUGACAGAUAGCAAAGACAGCGGAGGCGUCUAUUACUAAGCCGAUUUGACAUAUUAGGUACGGAACUCUUAAAAGCUAAAUUAGACAUUCAUUGCCUUGCCUCUGUGCUGAGAGUCCAAUGAAUCGGGCAGCCCAAAAAUGGUUUCUAAGCACCCCCUGCAAAUAUAGAUGCUGAACAGAAACAUGACUUUCUGAGAUCCACUAACAAGUUGACAAAGUAUAGGUACAUGUCUGAUAAGAUGAAAAAAAAGGAAAAAAGAAGGAAAGAUAUUUCUUCUUUUUUUGUUUCUGUUAUUAACCGCAGAGUAAGAGAGGCAAGAUAAGACAUGUUUUAUUAACAUUGACAAGGCAUAUGAAUACCUUUUCUCUCGUUCCAUAUUUUUGAAAAUGAACUACGAGUUAGAAAGACAGUCAAGAUAAGACAGAAGAUACCUACGCUUUGUAAAAGAUCGUGAAUUACUUUGCUUGGUUCACUAGCAUCUAUAUUUACAUGGCAUUGUAAUGUCUGGUUUACUUUUGCCCGUAUUAUAGAAUAUGUAAUAACAAAUUACCUAUAAUAUAUCAUAUAUUUUAUUUUUGUUUACUACAAUUUAUAAAGUUUAUUCUUAAAUUAUUUAGAUUUUGUAAAAGAUAAUAUUAAAUGAAAAAAAUUAUGUUAUAUUGAAAUUUUGGAAAAUAAACGUUUUCUAGGCAAAACUACA